AUGUUAAUGCAACACAAGUUUUUUAAAUAUGUAUUAUUUUGCCUUAUUUUUAAUUGUCUUAAUUACCUGAAAGUGACAAACGCAUUCAUUUUUAAUUGGUUUUGGUUAGAAAAUGAUAAGAAUCAAGAAAUUAAAUUGCCUUUUGCCACCAUUCCAUAUGAGCAUAAAACAAUUGAUGAAAAAUUUUUAGAAGAAGCUUCCAAAUAUACAGAUUUAUUAAAAACCUCUUCUCUUGAUGUAUGCCAGCAUAAAAUUAUACUUCAAAUUAAGACAUCUUGUUCUUCAAUGAAUGAAGAAGAAUUGGCAAAAAUGAGUGUCAAUUUGCUGAAUUGUCAAUCAGAAGUAGAUGGAAGAAGGAUUUUCCCUUGUGAUGAAUCAAUGAGUUUAAAAGAUUGUACCAAAAACAUGGAUGCUACAAUGUGGAAUGCUUAUCAUUUAAUGAAUAACAGAGCCAGAGCUGUUUGUUUGGCAGCAAGACGAGCUCAUUUUCAAAUUUUAUCUGAAAUGACAAUUAAUAAAUUAAUGGCCACUGCUCAUAAUCAAAUUGAAAAAAUGACCAGCCUCAUGGAAGGACAAGAAAAAUUAGAAAGUUUGACAUUAAGUACUAUAGGUUCCGUUGAACAAGGUCAUCAAAAGUUAAUGGAACAACAGGAAAAUUUUAAAAAAUCUCAAAAAACUGUUCAUGAUUUUGUUACGAUGAAUUUAGAACAAUUAACAAAUGAAAAAGCUUUGAUCGCAGCUGGUAAUAAAGAACUUGUUAAAAUGACCCAAACCAUAAAAGAAAAAUUAGAUGAAGCUAACAAACAGUUAGGUAUCCAAUCGGAAGAAAGAACUAAUAAUCAUGAAAAACUUCUCCAUGACAUUCAAACAUUACAACACCAAGCUUCUACAAUUUUUAAACAAAUCGAUAAAAGUGUAGAAAAACUUUUAGGACAACAUGAUAUCGCUUCUGAAAAUUAUAAGACAACUUUAUAUAAUUUAGAAAAAAUCAAUGAAACUGUAUAUUAUCUUUUAAAAGUUUUUAAUAUGACCAAAAAUGAAGUAGAUGAUAAAUUAUACUGGAUUCAAGAUUAUCUCGAUUAUACAGUAUUGUCAAUAAUUGUUCCAUUAAACUUAUUCGUUUCUUAUGACCACGGUCCUGAAAGGGCUUUAAAUUUUUCUCAAAUGACAAUUCUUUUAGCAUCAUCAGUUAUUGCAAUUGCUUUAUUUCAUCAAACCUACAACUAUUUUAUAAGAAGAAAAAGAAAUGAUCAGAAAUUAUUAAACAAUGAAACCGAUUAUUUAUGUGAUGAUUAUAAUAAAUAUGAGGAAAAUGUUGAAAACGUUCGUAAAACUACAUUUUCUCAACGAAUUCCCUAUAACUCCCGGAUAACUCACAGACUCAAUCAAUUACUUUCUUUUCUCUUUGGAUGGUUUGGUAAAAAAUCAAAAAACGUUUCUGAAUUUAAAUCGAAAUUUCCCGAAGACGAUAACAUAAUUCAUAGUUUUUCGUUGGAAAAAAGAAGAGAAAAUUUUAACGACUGGAGAGAAUUUACUCCAUAUCAAGAAGAUGGAUAUCAGCAAUCUGUUCAUAGUAGAGUAAGCGAAUGGCUUCACGGUUCGCCAAGAUCAUAUUGUUCGGCUGUGUGUCGUUCGGGUCGACGAUGUAAAAACACGGUUUACUCAGGACGAGAUGUUUGUCAUAAACAUUUAACAGGGAAUUCCAUAAUCGGCUAG